AUGUAUUCAGAUGUAGCCUGGGGGGGGGCCCACGAGCCUGCAGGUUCUACGGGGGCCCCUCUGGGGCCCCCAGAGGGCCAAGGGGGCCCCCCAGAGGGGCCCCUUGAGGGGCCCCCCGAGGGGCCCCUAGAGGGGCCCCUGAACCCCCCAUCUAGGAUACCUUCUUGUGCUGUAUGCGGACGACCAGCUAGCCGGAGGGUUUGGGGGGUUGUAGAGAAGAGCAGCGAGAAGCAGCAGGGAGAGGGGCCCCCUUCUCUGGCGGAGACAGUCUCCUUUUCUAGUCUCCUCACGGGGAUAAAGCGAGCCAACAGCAGCAGCAGCAGCAGCAGCAGCAGAGGGUUCGACUUUUCUGUGCCUUACAGGCGCAGUCUCUCCUCUCUCAGCUCCUCGCUGUCUCUGGGUGGCUACCUAGACAACCACCAGCAGCAGCAGCAGCAGCAGCAGCAGCAGCAGCAGCAAGAAGACAUAAAGCGAGCCAACAGCAGCAGCAGCAGCAGCAGCAGCAGAGGGUUCGACUUUUCUGUGCCUUACAGACGCAGUCUCUCCUCUCUCAGCUCCUCGCUGUCUCUGGGUGGCUACCUAGACAACCAGCAGCAGCAGCAGCAGCAGCAGCAGCAGCAGCAGCAGCAGCAGCAAGAAGAUGGCAUUCCAACGGGCCCCGGGGGCCCCCAGGGCCCCUUGAUAAGCACGAACCUAUUAUCCCCCGCCCCCUUCUCCGCAGCAGCAGCAGCAGCAGCAGCAACGGUGCAGAAGCAGCAGCAGCAGCGGCAGCAGCAGCAGCAGCAGCAGGCAUGA